AUGAGCGAAGCUGCAUACCGUUAUGGUGAGGCGUUGGCCAGGAAGUGCUACAGUGCGUGUAAGAAUGCAGCAACUAAAAUUCAGAAAGGUGAGCUUCGCUUUGGCAGCCUUGUGAAGUUCAAGGAGCAUACAUCGUGGAAAUGGAAGCAUUGGGGCUGUGUUACACCAAGGCAGAUUGAGAACAUCAUCGUCCAGCUCGGCGGAACACUCGAUGGUCUUGACCUUAAGGAGGAUCUUGACAUUCUCGAUGGUUAUGAAGAGCUUCCAGAUUGGGCUCAGGAGAAGGUCCAAUAUGCUCUUGGAAAUGGUCAUGUCCACGACGAAGACUGGAAAGGUGAACCGGAACUAAACAGACCUGGCAUGAAAGGCAUCAACAAACGUACACCCAAGAAGAAUUCCAAUGGUGAUGGGGAGACUGGUGAUAGUGCCACCGAGUCUACUCCCACGAAGCCCAAGAAACGUACGAAGAAGAAGAAAGCAGCUAACGAUGACGAAGAAAGUGAGGAACCGGUUCCCAAGAAGAAGGCUACUAGAAAACGCAAAGCAGCCACCCGAGACGACGACGACGAUAUUGACGAAGCACCAGCACCGAAGAAGAGAGGCAGAGGCGAGAAUAUAGCUGUCAAGGACGAAGACGUUGACGCUGACCAGCCAGCUCCUGCCAAGAAGAGAUCACGUGGUAAGAAAGUCAAGCAGGAACCAGUCGACGAUAGCGAAGAUCAAGGAGCAGCACUACCCCAAUCCGAUGGUGCUGGCGAUAGCGAGGCACAUGCAGCUGCUACAAAAGCCCUGGCCAAGAAACGAGGACGGAAAGCUGUUGUCAAAGAAGAGAAUACUGACAAGGAAGAGGAAGCGGCUCCCAAGCCAGCCAGAGCAAAUCAGAAAAAGAAAGUCAAAGCAGAACCUCAACCUGAAGAUGAAGAUGAAGAUGUUCUUGACGACGUCGACAAGAAGAAACAGUCCAAGAGGGGUCGACCAAAGAAGGCUGCUCCUACAGUUCUACCAGAGGACGAGCACACCGAUGCUUCGCAACCAGAAGACGUUGCUGACGAAGCUGAUACUGCUGAGGAUGAAAUCGCCGAGGCCACGAAGAAAGGCAAAACAAGCAAUCCCUCUCGUCGAAAUGCACGUCGCACAAGUACCAAGUAG